AUGUUGAGAAUCUUUGAUUUCUCUCCUCUCGUAAGAAGAAAAAACACUCACAGAACUGUCACAUUAGCCUCGGAAACUGGACGGAGCAUUGACGACGACACGGCACGAAAACGGAAAAAACGAGUAUGGAAAGAAAACAUAGUAAGACUCGGAAGUUGGAACAUUACAUCAUGGAGCAACAAAGACUAUAAGGUGGUCGUAGAAAUAGAGAAAAACAAAAUAGAUUUCUGCGCACUUUCAGAGACCAAGAAGAAAGGCAAUGGCAGUCAAAGGUACCAAAACUACAUACUGUUUUAUAGUGGAGUCGACAAGAACUUGCGAGCACCGGGAGGAGUAGGGUUACUAGUGAAUAAAAAAUUUGAAAAAGAUAUUAAGGAAGUACAGUAUAUAAGUCAUAGCAUCAUACAGAUAACAGUAGAGCUGGCCAACGAAAGAACACACCUACUAAGUAUAUAUGCUCCUGAUGUAAGCAAACUGAAAGAAGAAAGGGAAGCUUUUUUUGAUGCCUUGCAAGCUAUGUUAGAUAAAAUACCCAGUAAAGACAAAGUGUUUAUUAUGGGCGACUUUAACUCAAGAAUUGGGAACACAGUUAUUCCAGGAAUCAUGCAUAGUUUCAACGAAGGAGCAGUGAAUGAUAACGGAGAUAUAUUGAUAGAUGUAUGCGCCCUCAACGAAUUACGUAUCAACAACACAUAUUUUGAUCAUAAGGAACAACAAAAGUACACCUUCGCUAACACGAGAAGCCAAAAAUCAACUAUUGACUAA